AUGUCGAUGAAUCGAACGGAUAAUCCAUGGGAAUCCGAACCCUCCAAAACAGGCCUCCUCUCCCUCACCCCAACCCACAGCCUUCACCUAACAACAUCCGGCCCUCUUAGAGAACAACCAAACACACCUCUAAUAAUAAUAAUCCCCGGCCACGCCUCGCAUGCCUCAGAAUGGCUCGCCGUAAACCGGUCAAUUACAAAAUUCGCACGAACAUUGCUCUACGACGGAAGUGGCUACGGACUCAGUUCUGGGAUUAGCCCUAACACCACCGACACCAUAAGCGCAGUGGAUAUAGCGAACGAACUCAACGAUUUGCUUCACACAGCUGGUCUGGAAGGACCGUUUGUACUGGUUUGUCAUUCUUAUGGCGGCAUCAUAGCACGGGAAUUUGUGCAUUUGCAUCGGAAUGAAGUACAGGGGAUGCUCUUUGUGGAUGCAAAUCAGGAGUUGAAUACGAUCGAAGGACCGUGGCCGGCGCCGUAUGUUGAUUCCGUGACUGAGGGGCUGGAUGUUUGGGAUAUUGUGGGUAUUAGUGAAAACCACAACUUGUUGGAGGAUGAAUGGCAGGUGUUGUUGAGCCGGAAUAAGGAGUAUGCUGAAAAGCAUGCGCGGGUUGCGGCUGCAGAGGCGAGAGGGUAUAUUGAUAGUGAAGCGGUGCUUUCAGCGAAGAGAGAUUUUGAUCUGAAAGAUCCCCCGUUUCUUGGGAGGUGUCCUGUGAGCGUCAUCAAGGGACGGACGUUUAGAGAUCUUGAGCUGAUGCUAGAAGCGGGAACGAAAGCUGGAAAUGGCACGGAGGAAGAAAGGAGGCAGUUUGCAGAGGUGAUUGAGACGUAUGAUGCAUACGAUGAGAAGUGGCAGAGGGGAUUGUUGGAGUUGUCAACUAGGUCGAGAUGGGUGAGGGCUGAGAAGAGUGGGCAUAAUAUUCAUUUGACGGAGCCGGAGGUGAUUGUUCAAGAGGUGAGGUGGGUGUUGGAUAACUUCUAA